AUGGAUCCCUCCCGCGCGCUUCUCGGCUGCCUGGCGAGCGCUGCUGCCGCCGCCCCUCCCGGGGAGGAUGGAGCCGGGGCCGGGGGCGAGGAGGAGGAGGAAGAGGAGGAGGAGGAAGGGGCGGCGGUGGCCGUGGCAGUAGCAGAGGAGCUGGGCUCCGAGCCACCACUGCCCUUCUGGACCGCGGUGUUCGACUACGAGGCUGCGGGCGAGGACGAGCUGACCCUGCGGCUGGGAGAUGUGGUGGAAGUGCUGUCCAAGGAUUCGCAGGUGUCCGGCGACGAGGGCUGGUGGACUGGGCAGCUGAAUCAGCGGGUGGGAAUCUUCCCCAGCAACUACGUGACCCCUCGGAGCGCCUUCUCCAGCCGCUGCCAGCCCGGUGGGGAAGACCCCAGCUGUUACCCAGCCAUCCACUUGUUAGAGAUUGACUUUGCAGAACUGACCCUCGAGGAGAUAAUUGGUAUUGGGGGUUUUGGAAAGGUAUAUCGAGCUUUCUGGGCUGGAGAAGAAGUUGCUGUGAAAGCUGCUCGUCAUGAUCCCGAUGAAGACAUUAGCCAGACAAUUGAGAAUGUUCGUCAGGAAGCCAAACUCUUUGCCAUGCUGAAGCACCCUAACAUCAUUGCUUUGAGGGGGGUGUGCCUGAAAGAACCCAAUCUCUGUUUAAUCAUGGAAUUUGCUCGUGGAGGAUCCUUAAAUCGAGUGUUAUCGGGGAAGAGGAUCCCUCCUGAUAUAUUGGUGAACUGGGCUGUUCAGAUUGCCAGGGGGAUGAACUACCUGCAUGAUGAAGCAAUUGUCCCCAUCAUUCAUCGAGACCUCAAAUCCAGCAACAUAUUGAUCCUCCAGAAGGUUGAGAAUGGAGACUUGAGUAACAAGAUUCUGAAGAUCACUGAUUUUGGCCUGGCCCGGGAAUGGCACAAAACCACCAAGAUGAGUGCAGCUGGGACUUAUGCUUGGAUGGCCCCUGAAGUCAUUCGCUCCUCCAUGUUCUCCAAAGGCAGUGAUGUGUGGAGCUAUGGUGUGCUGCUUUGGGAGUUGCUGACAGGUGAAGUGCCCUUCCGAGGAAUAGAUGGCUUAGCAGUAGCCUACGGGGUUGCCAUGAAUAAGCUUGCCCUUCCCAUUCCUUCCACAUGCCCAGAACCUUUUACCAAACUCAUGGAAGACUGCUGGAAUCCUGACCCCCAUUCACGACCAUCUUUCAUGAAUAUCCUGGACCAACUCACCACUAUAGAGGAAUCUGGCUUUUUUGAAAUGCCCAAAGACUCCUUCCACUGUCUGCAGGAUGACUGGAAACAUGAGAUUCAAGAGAUGUUUGACCAACUCAGAGCCAAAGAAAAGGAGCUUCGUACGUGGGAGGAAGAGCUGACCCGGGCAGCCCUUCAACAAAAGAACCACGAGGAGUUGCUGAGACGCCGGGAGCAGGAGCUGGCAGAGCGGGAGAUUGACAUCCUCGAGAGGGAGCUCAACAUCAUCAUCCAUCAGCUGUGCCAAGAGAAGCCCCGAGUGAAGAAACGCAAGGGCAAGUUUAAGAAGAACCGACUGAAACUCAAGGAUGGCAACCGCAUCAGCCUCCCUUCAGAUUUUCAGCACAAGUUCACUGUGCAGGCAUCUCCAACGAUGGACAAAAGGAAGAGUUUGAUCAGUAGUGGUUCCAGUCCUCCUGCGAGUCCUACCAUCAUUCCUCGACUCAGAGCCAUCCAAUAUUCUGCAAAAUUGCUCAUAAAUUCCCAUUUAAUUCCUUAUGGUGACUCACAAUAUAGCAAAACCGGGAUAGAGAAAGUCACGAUGUGGAAGGAAUGUAUGUAUUUCUAUAUUUCACAUCCAUAUAGUACAAAGAGAUCUCCUCAGAAGCGAGAGAGAGCUAAUGGUUUGUGUGCCCUGUCAGAGUCUCCACAUUUUCACUUGGGCCUUAAAUCCCUGGUGGAUGGAUAUAAGCAAUGGUCAAACAGUGCCCCAAAUCUGGGGAAAGGCCUGAGGACAACUCCUGCCCUUCCAGGGUUUACCAGCCUUGCUGAGAUAGAGGAUGAAGAAAUCGAUGGCCUAAGGAGUGGGGAGAGCCGAGCACUCCAUUCCCCCAACCAGUCUUACCUCUGCAUUCCAUUCCCACGAGUUGAGGAGGUAGAUAGCCCACCCAUUGAUGGAGCCCAUGAGGAGUCCACUCCUGUAAACUCAGCUACCAGCACCCCACAAUUAACACCCACCAACAGCCUCAAGCGAGGAGGAGGCCAGCAUCGGCGCUGUGAGGUAGCUCUCCUGGGUUGUGGGGCUGUUCUGGCUGCCACAGGCCUAGGGUUUGACCUGCUAGAAGCAGGAAAGUGCCAGCUGCUUCCCCCAGAGGAACCGGAGCUACCACCCCGAGAGGAGAAGAAGAGGCGUGAGGGCCUUUUCCAGAGAGCUAGCCGCCCUCGACGGAGUACCAGCCCCCCAUCCCGAAAGCUCUUCAAGAAAGAGGAACCAGUGCUGUUCCUUGGGGACCCCUCAGCUUCUCUGACACUACUUUCUUUGUCCUCCAUCUCUGAGUGCAACUCUACCCGCUCUCUCCUUCGAUCGGACAGUGAUGAGAUUGUGGUGUAUGAGAUGCCGGUCAGUCCAGUUGAAGCAGCGCCUUUGCCCCCUCGUGCCAAUAAUCCACUGGUCAAUGUUCAAGUCGAGCGUUUCAAGCGAGACCCCAACCAGUCUUUGACUCCCACCCAUGUCACCCUCUCUGCUCCCACACAGCCUACUGGUCACAGGCGAACGCCUUCUGAUGGGGCACUUAAGCCGGUGGUACCCCUGGCUAAUGGCAGCCCAUCCAGCAAUGGUCUGAGUGCCACACCAGGUACAGGAAUGCUGAAAACUCCGAGCCCCAGCCGAGAUCCUGGUGAGGUGCCCCGCCUGCCAGACCCCAACCUGGUCUUCCCCCCAACCCCAAGGCGAUGGAACACCCAUCAGGACUCCACCCUGGAAAGACCUAAGACCCUGGAAUUUCUCCCCCGGCCCCGUCCCUCUGCCAACCGGCAGCGGCUGGACCCCUGGUGGUUCGUGUCCCCCAGCCAUGCCCGCAGCGCCUCCCCCGCCAACAGCUCGAGCACAGAGACACCCAGCAACCUAGACUCCUGCUUUGCAAGCAGCAGUAGCACUGUGGAGGAGCGGCCGGGGCUACCUGCCUUGCUCCCUUUUCAGGCAGGGCACCCUCCUCCCGCUGAACAGGCCCUUUUGGAUUUGGAUGCAGAGGGACAGAGCCAGGACAGCACUGUUCCACUGUGCCGAUCUGAACUAAACACCCACAGAUCUACCACCUUUGAGGUUCAGCAAGAGUUUUGGUCUUAG